CAGACAGGGGGUCCCCCAGCGCUUUCCAGCAGCGCACCAAUCCUCAGCUCGGAACGGCUCGGACGGAGGUUUCAGUCCGGGGAAUCGACCAAAAUAGGGCUAAUGGCUCGCUGCGGAGCCCCGACGGAAUACCUAAACGUAGACUUUUACGCUUGAACUCACUGAGCAUGUCCACGUUUGACAGGACGCGGGAACACUCUGCAUAAUUACUUUCUGAGUACCCACUCGCGGUGGACCGAUCGACCGAAUGCCGAAGCAGCAACGGAGACGGACCUCGAAGGAGGCUGUGGCGGGGAUCAGCAACGACGGCUCCCGUCUGGAGCGCAAGCAAUGCGGUAAGUCCACCGAGGUUUGCAAUGAACUCCAAAGUGAAACAGCAACAGCUCAGAGUCAGAGGAAGGCAGCACGCCGCUCUCCCCCGUCCGCCGCUCCGCCCUCAGCCCCCACGGAGCGCACGGAGGAGCGCCGGGUGCCGCAGGUGACCAUCACCCCAGAGGGGUGCGGCGCCUCCCGGGAGAUGCAACAGGGCGACUGGGACGAGGUGGUGGAGGGGCCGCUGAGGAGGAAACUCUCCAACUCCUCCAUCUCGUCGACGGGUUCCUCCGUGGUGGAGUCGGAGGAUGACAUCCUGAGUGACAGCGAGAGCAAAGGCAUCAUCACGUUGGAGCACCUUGGUGGAGUUGAGAGCGGCGAGCAUACCAAGUCCUGGUGGAAGCUGAAGACUGUGGUCCACUGGCCCUUCGUCGCCAGUCAGAGGAAACGCCUCAACUGGGUGCAGCUUGCUGGACACAAAGGGAACUUCAAGGCAGCUGGCGAGGGCAGCAUCCUGAAGAAGUUCUCGGAGAACGAGAAGCAGUGCUUCGAGCGGCUGAGCGGAGACGCACUCCAACCCUUCGUUCCCCAGUUCCUGGGGGUCGUGGAGAAGGACGGAGAGUCCUUCUUGCACAUGACGGACCUGCUGGCGACCUUUGACCUCCCCAACGUCAUGGACUGCAAAAUGGGAAUAAGGACGUACCUGGAGGAGGAGCUGGUGCGGGCCCGGGACCGGCCCAAGCUGAGGAAGGACCUGUAUGAGAAGAUGGUAGAGGUGGACGGCCAGGGGCCCACGGCGCUGGAGCAUGCCCAGAAGGGCGUCACCAAGCCCCGCUACAUGCAGUGGAGGGAGACCAUGAGCUCCACACACACCCUGGGCUUCAGGAUAGAGGGCAUCAAGAAAGCAGACGGGACGUGCAGAACAGACUUCAAGAAGACGCACAACCAGCAGGACGUCACCGCAGUCUUCAGGGACUUUGUGGAGGAAGACGACAGUAUUGUAAGGAGCUACCUGGGCCGUCUGGCUGAGAUCCAGCAGGUCUUGCAGACCUCAGAGUUCUUCAAGAGACACGAGGUCGUGGGCAGCUCUCUCUUGUUCAUCCACGACCACACGGGCCGUGCCGAGGUUUGGCUCAUCGACUUCGGGAAGACCUCAGCUCUACCGGAGGGCCAGAUGUUGAGCCACGCCGUGCCCUGGCAGGAGGGCAACCGGGAGGACGGCUACCUGUGGGGGCUGGAGAACCUGGUCCAGCUCCUGGAGGCCGUGGACUGCGGGCCCCCCGGGGAGGAGACCCGGGCGUCCCCAGGGGAGGAGACCCGGGGGUCGGGGGCCGGCGAGCCAGCGAGCUCCAUCCUGGACCCAGACGCUCAGUGACUCUGGAGGACGAGACCCAAACGCGCAUGGGAGGGAACCCUGUACUCAAGAUGUGGGAGGUGUUCUGGAAGGUUCUGGGAGGUGUUCUAGAAGGUUCUGGGGUGUUCAAGAAGGUUCUGGGAGGUGUUCUGGAAGGUUCUGGGAGUUGUUCUGGAAGGUUCUUGGAGGUGUUCUGGAGUGUUCUUGGAGGUGUUCUGGAAGGUUCUGGGAGGUGUUCUGGAGUGUUCUGGGGUGUUCAGGAAGGUGUUCUAGAAGGUUCUGGGAGGCGUUCAGGAAUUUGUUCUGGAAGGUUCUGGGAGUUGUUCUGGAAGGUUCUUGGAGGUGUUCUGGAGUGUUCUUGGAGGUGUUCUGGAAGGUUCUGGGAGGUGUUCUGGAGUGUUCUGGGGUGUUCAGGAAGGUGUUCUAGAAGGUUCUGGGAGGUGUUCAGGAAGGUGUUCUGGAAGGUUCUGGGAGUUGUUCUGGAAGGUUCUGGGAGGUGUUCUGAGGUGUUCAGGAAGGUGUUCUCGAAGGUUCUGGGAGGUGUUCUGGAGUGUUCUGGGGUGUUCAGGAAGGUGUCCUGGAAGGUUCUGGGAGGUGUUCUGGAAGGUUCUGGGAGGUGUUCUGGAAGGUUCUAGGAGGUGUUCUGGAGUGUUUUAGGAGGUGUUCUGGAGUGUUCUGGGAGGUGUUCUGGAAGGUGUUUUGGCUGUUCUUUGUGUUCUGAGGUGGCGUGGUUCGAUGAGAGUGCUGAGGUAGUACUGGGGGUUUAAGAAGAGCAAAGCUACAAUAAACUGAUGUUCAGAGUAAAUGAUACAUUAUGGAUUUAGGAACGAGUACAGGAGCAGCGUUGGGUUAAUCACCUUUCCCAGAAAAACCAGAAGAUGAAAAAGAAAGGAAAAUGGAUAACCUAUUCACUUAUGGGCAGGUUUAGAAUCAGCAGAAUCCAUUACCCGUACCAGACAGUUCACUGACUGCAGGUGGGAAACUCUUAUUUUUGAAAUGAGUCAUAAGAGUUUUCAACACCAGACUUGGUCUGAAUAUCACAAUUAUAAGUACAUAAUUAUGGUGAAAUUUCAUAUUAAGAUUUCUAGAUUAAGUAUUCAUUAUUAGAUAUUAAUUGCACACCCACCCACCAGAUCAUAUAACUACAUUACCAAUACAUCACUAUACUGUGGCACAUACACAUGGUGAUAUUCACUAUAUGUAUUUCAAACUUAUUUAGAUAUUUUAAUCAUGGAUUCAGGAUAUAUAUUCAGGUAAUUUUGUCAGGUGAGGAUACUCCAAGAGGCAGCAAACUGCUGUCCUUCCUUCAGCUAGGAGGGCCAGGCAGCAGAGUGGAGACAGGCUGAGGUUCUGUGAAGGACUCAAAGCUGCCUGUGGUCAUCAUACAAAACACUAUUGCAGUCUCCUAGAAACACUGGCUGGGAUAUCAAAAAUUAAAAAGAUGUAAAGCAUAUGAUUUAUUGAUUUGUUAUUGGUGGGGUUUGAGAUACAGUACUCUUCUGUUUAGUCUUAUUAUUUGUGACUACAAACAAUAAUUACAUUUGUUUUUACGAUUUGAUUUAAUGCAAUUGACAAAUGGUCGCAAUCAAUAAUUUAUAUGUAAUAUAGUCAGUCAGUGAUCACCACACACUGAUCUCAGUGGGAUAAAUUAAUGUUAAUAACCUUAUUACAGAGAAAGUUGUUUAUUUUGGCUGUGGCACAGUACAGUUAGCUACCAAAGGCAUAGAGAUUUCCAAUUCAAAAAUACAUAAUUCACCUUCUAAACAUUGCAUUAUGGAUAUGCUCAGUAUUAGUUACUUUCACGAGCAUACGCCCAGCAAACUCUUAAAUGUCAGCGGUGAAUUAUUAAAGUUCAACAUACUAUCUUUUAUGUUCACGACAGCAGGUGAGUCACGCUAUUGCCGAGGUAAACACUCAAUUCCAGCAGGGUAUCAUCCAAACAUGCUACCUUAGUUUAUAAAAAAAACUCCAGCACUCUGAAACCAAACAAAAGCAUUAUUAUUGGCAUGUUUUUGGUUUAAAAUAAAGACAAAAGUAAUCCAUAAAUUGCUUACAUGGUACAAAUAUUUACGGCUGUACUGAAUGGAAAUGUCUCCUUCUCUGGGUUAUAACAGUACUGCAUGCACUUUACCGCUACGACGUAUGCUGUACUGAAUGGAAAUGGCUCCCCCUGUUGAGUUAUAACAGUACUGCAUGCAAUAUAUCGCUACGAUGUAGUUAUGUUGUACGGAAUGGAAAUGGCUCUCUCUGUUGAGUUAUAACAGUACUGCAUGCACUAUAUCGCUACGACGUAGUGAUGCUGUACUGAAUGGCAGUGAUAAACUACAACAUAAACCACAAUACUUAAACAAAAUACCCAAUGAGUGAAUAAAGUACAUAGCUACAUACAUAGCUAAUAGCUACUACGGCUGGUUAGCUCAAAGUAAGGAUGUGCAUACAAAGAAAAUCAUCCUGGAGGUUAGAGUAAACAUUGUGUUAGAAUGCAAAAACUUAGUGUUUAGCACUUUAAUAUAUGUGAAUACAACACUAGGCAGAGAAAGAGGCUGGCAACUAAAUCAGAAGAUUAACAAACAAAAUGCAUCGUGGGUCAUUAAUCUAAGCGUGAAUGUAUUCUCACAUUAUUUGCAUGAAAGCAGGUAAAUACAGUAAACCAUGUGUCAAUUAAUUAAUCAGUUAAUCUGAUUAGUACUGAAUCACCCUUUAUAUUCAUGACAAAAUAAUCACAAAUAUGGAAACAGCCUUUUACUUUAUAUAAAAAGAGAUAGUUACGAAAAAAACGAUAAGAAGUGGACAGAAGUGACCAAACUGUACCGCACACUUUUUCCUUCUUCUCGAGUCCUGUGUUCUCCUCCUUGACGCGAUCCAUCGUCUCUAGAGGCAAAGCGUCAGGAAUCACAGCAAGGUGGACUGAUGUA